AUGUCCCUCCGUACCUUUGUCGACGUGCUGCUGCCGCUUGCCGGUCUUCUUGUCGGCCAUGUGUCCGCGGCGCAAGAGCCUCUUACUGGCGAGGACCGCGGCGCGUGCCCCAAUUACGAGCAGUACUCUACUCAUCCCCAUAAGCCCCUGAGCGAAGGCCCUCUCGGUCUCCCCUACCAAAGACCCGAUCCACGAUGCCGUACAUUCCACUCUGAAGCGAUUGAGAAGGUCAUCCAGGAUGUGACAUCCCGAAUGAAGGACCCCGACCUCGCUAGGCUUUUCGAGAAUGCUUUUCCCUCAACCACAGACACAACGGUCAAGUUCCACACCGACGGGACGGACACUAGAUUUGUCGACCUGAAUGGCCGAAGCUUGCGCGACGAGGGCAAGUGGGAGGGCCCGCAAUCCUUCGUGAUCACGGGAGACAUCAUUGCAGAGUGGCUGCGCGACAGCACGAACCAGCUGUCCCCCUACCAGGCCCUGGCCAAGAAAGAUCCCGCCAUCUUCAAGCUCAUCCUCGGCGCCAUCAACACCCAGUCCGAGUACGUUAUCGAGUCACCGUACUGCAAUGCCUUCCAGCCACCCCCGAUUGCGAACCUGCAGCCGAGUCAUAACGGACAGGACGACACCGUGCAUCCAGUCUACGAGCCCUCGUUCGUGUUUGAAUGCAAGUACGAAUUGGACUCGCUGGCGCAUUUCCUAGCUCUGGGAAAUGACUUUUACGAGCACACCGACUCCAAAGACUUUUUGACGCCGAGAUGGUACCUUGCUCUUGAGACGGUGCUCGACGUGCUGGAGCAGCAGUCACACCCCACGUUCGACUCGGCGACGGGUCAGUACCAGAGGAAUGAGUACACCUUCCAGCGCAAGACGGACCUCGGAACCGAAACAUUGAAUCUCAAGGGCGUAGGCAACCCGCUCAACAAUGGAACAGGUCUCGUGAGAUCAGCUUUCAGGCCCAGCGAUGAUGCGACCAUUCUUGGUUUCUUCAUCCCGGCCAACGCCAUGAUGGCUGUCGAGUUGAAGCGCACGGCGGAGGUUCUGAAGGCCGUUGGGAAGGACGUACUUGCGCAGGAGGUGGCCAAGUGGAGCCAGACCAUCACUGAUGGUGUCUGGGAGCACGGCGUGGUGAAGCACAAGAAGUACGGUGAUGUGUUCGCGUACGAAGUUGACGGAUACGGCUCGUCUAUCCUCAUGGAUGAUGCCAACUAUCCCUCGCUUCUCGCACUGCCUCUCAUGGGAUUCUUGCCUCCAGAGGACAGGACUUACCAGAACACACGAAAGAUGCUUCUGGAGAAAACUGGCAACCCGUACUAUCUCGAGGGACGUGCUUUCCAUGGAAUUGGAGGACCCCACAUCGGUCUAUCGAACGCCUGGCCUAUGAGUCUGUUGAUCCAGGCCCAAACAUCCGAGAACGAUGAGGAGAUCACAGAGUGCCUCGACCUCGUGCUGCGUUCUGCCCGUCUGGGUCUGGUGCAUGAGAGUGUCGAGGUCAACCACAUCACUUCAUACACUAGAAGCUGGUUUGCAUGGGCCAACGGUGUUUUCGCCGAGACAAUCUUGGACAUUGCCAAACGCAAGCCGCAUCUCAUCUUCACAGAGGCCAAACCCUAUCAAGUGUAG